UAAAAGGUGCAUUUGUCAUUUGGGUGAUAUCAAAGCACAAACAGUUGUAAAGGUAUCGACGUAACACUUACAAUGUUCCGAAUAAUGGUGGUUAUAUCCUCCGUUUUGAUCUUCCCUCUUGUCAUGGCUUAUGAUAUGAAAUUUGGUUAUCAAAUAAGCGAAGGCAAUGCACGAUUUAUUGAAGACAUAGAAACGAAUCUUGGGACAAAUAUAGUAAAAAUCCAUACUCCGGCACACAAUAAUGUUAUGGAAUCCUACCUGAUGCAAGACUUUCAGAGGAGUUUGCAAAUCACCUGCCUUCCAUCACUGAAUCACUGUAGACUCAGGGAGAUUGAUAGCGAAAUUGGUGUUGAUGCUGGUAAAAUUUCAGAGGCGUUUGUUUACAGCUGGAACAAGGGAAUUAACAGCAUAUCAAAGUCAACGUCUAGAGUGGUAACAGAAUUGUAUUAUGUUGAUGGCGAUGAAGUCACUGACACAGUUUCGCUUGGAGAAGAUUUGAGACAGUUUUAUCAAGGUUUCGGAUACAAGCUGUAUCUUGAAAAGAAGAUACCACAAGACGCUAAAAUACUUAACAUAACACGUCCUACAGGAAAACGUGUAAAAAGAAUGACCACUCUGAACUUUGAUUGUGGUGACGAUGGAAUUCAAAUACUGUAUGGGCUUGAUGAAGGAACAAACUGCAAUUAUCUUAAGAUAUGCAAGGAAGCUGUAGUUAGAAACGGUCAGGCAAUAUUGACGGAUUGUGGUGAUAUUCACAUCACUUCGCCUAUGGUUUACAAGUGUCUAUGUUGUGCCGGGGUCACAGAGAUAAAUUUGGGUGCAGACAACUGUCGAUGUAAUGAAAUGAAACAAGAUAGAGUACUGGGACAUGCAACCCUUACGGAAUAGUUAACAUGAUAUUGUCAUCUUAACAGAAAUUUUAUUUAGACAUAAUAAACUGUGACAUCAAUCGUA